CAGUUGAUAAGGCUGUGUUAGAAAUGACUUAUCCUCAAUCGUCACCACAGGGCUAUAGGGGCACCUCCAGACCAGCAUGAGGGAGUGUCUCUCCAUUCACAUUGGUCAAGCUGGUGUGCAGAUCGGGGAUGCUUGUUGGGAACUGUAUUGCCUGGAACAUGGAAUCCAGCCAGAUGGCUUCAUUCUGGACAGUCAACACGAUCAUUUGGAAAAUACUAAAAUGGAACAUAGGAAUGCAUCUUUAGACACUUUCUUUCAUGAGACAAGAGCCGGAAAGCAUGUGCCCAGAGCGCUUUUCAUGGACCUAGAACCAACUGUUAUAGAUGGGAUCCGUGUGGGGAAGUACCACUCACUCUUCCACCCAGAACAGCUUGUGAAUGGAAAGGAGGAUGCUGCAAACAACUAUGCACGAGGUCGCUACUCUGUGGGCUCAGAGGUCAUCGAGCUUGUGCUAGAAAGGAUCCGAAAGCUGGCAAAACAAUGCAGUGGACUUCAGGGCUUUUUGAUUUACCGAAGCUUUGGAGGAGGCACAGGGUCGGGAUUUACAUCUCUCUUGAUGGAGCGACUCUCACUAGAGUAUUGCAAGAAGACAAAAUUGGAGUUCUCUGUCUAUCCAUCUCCCAGAGUCUCCACUGCUAUAGUGGAGCCUUACAACGCCAUCCUCACCACUCAUUCCACCAUAGAACACUCAGACUGUACCUUCAUGGUGGACAACGAGGCUGUCUAUGACAUCUGCCGUCACAAACUUGGUGUUGAACGUCCUUCCUAUGCUAGUAUCAAUAGGUUGAUGGCCCAGGUGAUAUCUUCCAUUACUGCUUCACUCCGCUUUGAGGGGCCUUUGAAUGUGGACUUAAUCGAAUUCCAGACCAACCUAGUACCUUAUCCCAGAAUACAUUUCCCCAUCACAACCCUUGCCCCCAUCAUCUCUGCUGACAAAGCCUACCAAGAGCAGCUCUCUGUGCCUGACAUCACUGCUGCUUGCUUUGAGUUCUCCAACCAGUUGGUCAAGUGUGAUCCUCGGCUUGGGAAGUACAUGGCUUGCUGCCUACUGUACAGAGGAGAUGUGGUCCCUAAGGAUGUGAAUGCAGCAAUUACAGCCAUGAAGUCAAGGACCUCUGUUCAGUUUGUUGAUUGGUGUCCAACUGGUUUCAAGGUGGGCAUCAAUCAUCAGCCACCUACAGUGAUUCCAGGAGGGGAUCUAGCCAGGGUUCAGCGGGCUGUGUGUAUGUUGAGCAAUACCACGGCAAUUGUGGAAGCCUGGGCCCGUCUGGACCACAAAUUUGACCUUAUGUAUGCCAAAAAGGCAUUUCUGCACUGGUAUAUCACAGAAGGCAUGGAACAAGGGGAGUUUAUAGAUGCCAGGGAAGAUCUGGCUGCUCUGGAAAAAGAUUAUGAAGAAGUGGGGCUGAGUUUCUGAUAUAAAGAUGAUUAUGCAAAUGAAUGCUGAGUUAAAAUGUUAUGCUUUGUUUCCAAGCUCUUAUAUACCUGAUGAAUAAAAGGAAAGCAAAAAUCAAAUCAGCAAGAUCCAAAAUUCUGCGUUGAAUUAAAUAUAUCAAUAUCAACAA